GCCCCGUGAGGCCCCGCGGCGCGGCCAUGGCGGAGCAGGACCGGGACUGGGACGUGCCAGAGCGGGCGGCGGGCGGCGGGAAGAUGUCCCUGCACAGAUGUGAAACCUGUAGCAAAGAAGAAGCCAAGUACAGAUGUCCACGAUGCAUGAAAUAUUCGUGCAGCCUGUUGUGUGUAAAGAAACAUAAGCUUGCACUGAGCUGUAACGGAGUCAGGGAUAAAACAGCGUUUGUCUCUGUAAAUGAAUUUACUGACUUGAACCUUCUGAGUGAUUAUCGUUUCCUGGAAGAUGUGGGAAGGACAGCUGAUGCUGCUGCUCGACAUUGUAUCGUGCAUAGUCCAGCAACAAAAAGACUUUUAUACUUCUUGAGGAACAAAGCUCGAGGGUGUAAUAUUGAGCUAAAAACACUGCCUGUUGGAUUCACAAAAAGAAAAGAAAAUUCUACCACCUUCAGUUCCAUGGAGAACAAGUUCUACUGGCAUUUGAAGCUCAUAUUUCCUCACUGUCAUGCUGAAUACACUUUAAAAGGGGUGCCUGACGAUAAAACGCUUGCUGAUAUCCUCAAGCCAUACAUUGAUCCAGUGGAGUCAGAUCCUGUAGUUUGUCAAAGAUUAAAAAUCUAUACAGCAUCUCCUCAAUCAGAUGUACGAAUUUUAAUGAAAAUAGAAAACAGGAGCCGAAACUCUGUCAGGUACAAUGAACUGGAUGCCAGCAGAAGCCUUCUAGAUAAUCUGAAAGGCAAAGUAAUAAUUGAGUAUCCAACAUUAUUUGUGGUCUUGAAAACACUGAAGAAUGACAUGGUGGUCCUUGGCCAAGAUGGCAGUGAGCCUGCAGAGAACUCAGACAACGAAAGCUCAUCCCUUUCAUCUGUGGAAGAAGGGGAGAUUCAGGACAGUUCAUGACAGUUCCUUGAGAGAACAGGAUGCAAUGAGCUUUUAUUUUUUUAAUUAUUUAAUUAAAUUCUUUUGAUACAACUAA